CGCUACUUGCCUUGGCGUACUCUUAAUUGCCAACCAAUCCCUUCGAGUUUACCUUGCGCGGCCGUGACAGGUGACUGGGCUUGUCUUCACUCUCGUGGUCUUGUGCCAUGCGCACCGAUGCAGAACACUGCUCUUUCGUUCUCCUAGCCGACUUCGACAUUGAUCGUGGCGCACAACUCACAUACCAGUUCCCGCAGCCGUUAGGCACAGAUGAGGGCUUGCUCGCCAAUCUGAUGCUCCCAGACGGUGCCGAAAGGCAGCCUGAGGAUUGGACUAUCUUUUUCUUGAACCAAACCCCGCUCAACACGAUUGCACCGGUCCUUGCGCUGGAUACACCCGGAGUGCGGACCUCUAGGAUAGAGGAAGAUGAGGAUGGUAAUCCGGAGUUGCUGUACGUGUUGAACUUGGUUCGGACUAAACUAGACAAGACGGUUCGGAGAGGAGCCAUCGUGAAAGCCAUGGCUAUCUGCACCCGACAUUCCUUUAUCGAAAUCUUCAAGCCAGUCCUUCUCAUGGCUUUGGAUGACUACUUCUCAGACCCUUCUCAAGAUUGUCUUGCUCGCCUGUUCGACGCGGUGAACUCCAUGGAUAUCUCUCAUGCUCCAAGGCUAUCUCGUUAUGAGAAGUUAAUCAUGCGGACUUCAGAGCGGAAAGACCUCUUCAUUGAGAAGUACGAAAAUCUCAUGCGGCCCAGGGUCCCAGAACAGACGCAAAGCCGUGGCAACGUACAUCGUAACUCUGAUUCUAUAGGCUCUCAUUCAAGCUUUGAAGAAGGCAUCAUGAUGCGUGCGCGGGAGGACAAAGGAAAGGGCAAGGAGAACGGGACUGCGAAGGGUCCUGGGAGUAGCACGACCAGUCUCCAACAGCCAGGACAACCCUCUCCAUCUGAAGGUGAAUUCUCGUUGGACGGAAGCGCGGUCUGGGUCGAAAGCGGGGUGGACCAAUCGCCUCACCUGCCAUCCAGUAUGGGGAACGCACAUCCUGGUACCGGGAACCACAACACCGCUUCGUCUGGGCGGGGAAGGAAGUCCACGGAUGCGUCCUCCACGUCCUCUAUUCGUGCUCGGAGAGAGGACGCCGCAACGCCCGCUCCUAACGUGGCACCUCCGCUACUUAAAGACACCCACUUCUUUCCCGCGGUGAUCGACUACAAUGACCACCAGCUGCCCAUCCGACUACCGAUAUACACUUUUCCGGAGGAAGUGGGAGAUUAUUCGCUCAUACAGCUCAUACAGACGUUCUCGAGUCCCUCCACGUCAAUAUUAGGCCCUCAGCACCCUCACUUGCACACAAGUGGGAAUCAGACGCACCCUGUUAUGGUUCUUUUUAAUGCGCUCGUCACUGAGAAGCGCAUCAUCUUCCUUGGGCAUCAUCGGCCUGCUGGCCAAGUUUCGAGCUAUGUUUUGUCGGCGUGCGCCCUCGGGUCAGGGUGUGGCAUCGCUUUGAGAGGUUUCAUCAGACGCGCCUUCCCAUAUGCCAACCUUACGAACAGAGAGGAGUGGGAAUCUAUACCAGGAUAUAUUGCUGGUGUGACGAAUCCAAUUUUUGAGUCCUCUGGUUCUUGGGAUCUCCUCUGCGAUAUCGAGACGGGGCGGAUGGUCGUCUCGAAGGAUAUCCAUACUAAUUGCCCUCCAUCCGCCAUCGGCGUCGCACCCGUUCAGCUCGUUAUGCGCUCGGGCACUCUGAAGGCAGAAGGAUCUGUUGGCAGCGAAGACGACUUUGUCAGACCGAGCAAGGAGCUAAAUCCAGUCCAAAAGGCGGAACUCCUUGGCAAAGUUGAGACUACUGACAAUCUCUUCAUGGACGAUAUACUUUCCGCCAUUUCUCUCCACUAUGGCGAGUCCCAUGUGCGAGCGAGGUUUACAGAGUACGCCUCGCGCUUCGUACGGCUUGCAGCUAGGUAUGAGGAGGAGGUCCUCGGUCUUGAUACGGCCAUUGGUUUCCCUACCGCCGCAUACUCGGAAGGACUUGGCGGCGAACCAAAGCUCGGCAGUGGUCUCUGCUUCUCAGACGAGGCUGUAGGAGCGCGGGAACUUGCAGCUAAUGCGAGCCGCAUCGAAGCUUGGAGGCGGACGCAGAGCUAUGAGCUAUGGAAACACGAUUUUAACAAGUUGAGGGAAAAUAGUCCCAUACAAGGUGUCGAUGUUUCUCACCAGCUGUGGCGACUACGACACGCGAAGCGCAUGCCCGACAACGAAGUUGAACUCAUCAUGCGCACGCUAGCCGAAACUGUUCAAGCCUACGACCCGGUCACAGAGCUGCUGUCUUUGCUACCCCCUCACCACCAAGGUCUUCUGCCCUUAAGUUUCGGGCUUUUCCAUCAACAGGAAGCGAUUCGCGAUCUCACUGUCGUCAUCUUGAAUGAAUUUCGAACUUAUCCUGUGGGCGUGCAGUUUCUACAGUCCCUCAAUCAUUUCCAGCGGUAUUCGUAUGUGCGCCAAGCGCACGCCCUCGAGUCUCGCAUCCACCGCGAGCAGAAUACCCUAAUGAUACCAGCGACAUACAUGGCGCGUACGCCAUCUAAUCGCAGCGAAUCCAGUUUGACAGGAAGUUAACCUGCGUGUUAUUCUUAUUUUAAUGUACUGAUGCUCAUCGAGGGUGUUUGGAGUCACUACUGUAUACGGGCGGAUAGGUGUUGUCCUGGAUAAGCUACAGUAUCUCUUAUUGCAAUAACAGUGAUUAAUUUGCCGGUGUCAAGCAGAUAAUAGUCUGCUGUCUAGCCCUGGUACGCGUUAUGACCAAUCGCACUAUAUAUACAGCAUGCGGUAAUCGCAUGCCCAUGCAUCAUGGCUAUCGUCCUGGUGGGGUCAGCCUAUAUCAAGUUAUCUCGUCGCUAUUCUUCCUAUGUGUUGGCAGAACAGACGUGUCCUGUUGCUUUCGUGAAAACCGCUGGAACAAGGGGUCGACGGCAUAUUUGCGAAGUAUCUGCCAGUUGCGGUACCAAAAGCCGCUGGCAGUAGGAGUAAUUGCCCCCCAAUCUGCAUGCAAUACCCCGAUUACGACACCUGUCAUAGCGACGAGAAGGGCGGCUAUCAAUGUCCUGGUGAUGAUGUCGGUACCGGCAAAGCAGAUGUACGUCAUCGAGACGAGGAAGGCAAGC